AGUGUUUAUAAACUAAGUGCAAUGGAUGAUCCUGGUAGAAUGAUGGGCCAUGGUGGCGGUGGUUUAAUGCCACCACAACCGUACGGUAUGACCCCACAAUCGGAUACACCUACGGGGGAAGGUGAAGCACGCAAACAAGAUAUCGGAGAAAUUUUACAACAAAUAAUGAACAUCACCGAUCAAAGCCUUGAUGAGGCACAAGCACGAAAACAUACAUUAAAUUGUCAUAGAAUGAAACCUGCCUUAUUUUCCGUACUUUGUGAAAUAAAAGAAAAAACCGUGUUGUCUCUACGUAACACUCAAGAAGAGGAACCACCAGAUCCUCAAUUAAUGCGUUUAGAUAACAUGCUCAUUGCUGAAGGUGUUGCUGGUCCCGAAAAGGGUGGUGGCGCCGGUGCAGCAGCUUCAGCAUCAGCCGCUUCUCAGGGUGGUCCAGGUCAACCUGAUAACGCUAUCGAGCAUUCAGAUUACAGAGCAAAAUUGGCACAAAUUCGUCAAAUAUAUCACCAAGAACUUGAAAAGUAUGAACAAGCCUGCAAUGAGUUCACUACUCACGUUAUGAAUUUGUUGCGUGAACAAUCACGUACACGCCCUAUAACACCUAAAGAAAUUGAACGUAUGGUUCAAAUCAUUCAUAAAAAAUUCAGUUCAAUUCAAAUGCAGUUGAAACAAUCCACUUGUGAAGCUGUUAUGAUACUAAGAUCCCGAUUCUUAGAUGCUCGACGUAAACGUCGUAAUUUCAGCAAACAAGCAUCUGAAAUAUUGAAUGAAUACUUUUAUUCACACCUAUCUAACCCAUAUCCAAGUGAAGAAGCAAAAGAAGAACUAGCAAGAAAAUGUGGCAUCACUGUCAGUCAAGUUUCGAAUUGGUUCGGUAAUAAACGCAUUCGUUAUAAGAAGAAUAUUGGUAAAGCACAAGAGGAAGCUAACUUGUAUGCUGCCAAGAAAGCAGCUGGUGCAUCGCCGUAUAGUGGAACAGCUACACCUAUGAUGUCCCCAGCUCCACCGCAAGAUUCAAUGGGGUAUUCAAUGGGAUCAGCAUAUGAUCAAGGUUCGGCUUAUGACGCUAGCUGUGGCUACGAUCCCAUGCAUCAAGAGUUAUCACCCUGAGAAGAAAAGUACGAUGCUACGUUGCAUCAUCAAUACCGUUAACGCAAUUGUAUACUAUUUAACCGUUGAAACGGUUUACUUCCGAUAAGUUUUCUCAUUUAAAAUUAUAGCAACGAUUGUUAUUUUUCAAUAUUUUAUAUUCUUUGAGAACAAUUUCAACUAAAAACAAAUUGUUUGAGAACAGUAAUUUCCAAUAACGGCCUAUAUUAAAUAUUAAAAAUGAAAAA